GUCCGCAACAUUUGAACCACCUGCGGACUGAGCAGUGACCUUGGCAAUAAUUUUGUCAUAUUGUCGUGGACGGUUUAUGGUUUCUUUGGUUUGUGGUUUGUUGAUGUUGAUGUUUACAGUGUGUCUUAAUUUUAUGAAUUUAGUAUAUGGUUGACAGUUUUCACAAUUUCACGUUUGUUGGCUGGGAAGCAAAAAUGAGAGUGCAACCUUAAAUUUGUUAUUGCAUUCAACAUUACACCGAAAGUCAGUGAUGAUCAUAGAUUUGCCCAAUCCAUAAUUUUCGUCUGUUAUCUGUAAGUUCAUUUUAGUCAGAAUAAUGGAACGUGGAGACUUAGUUAUCAUCGGGCAAUUAAGCAUGUGCUGAGGUACUCAUGUACCUGACUCGGGCAAUAUAUAUGGAGGUGUGUAAUGCUGCACACUUAGUGCUAAGUAGUCGGGAUAGUAAGGAAUAAUUUAUGAUGCUAAUUAACAACUGGUUUCUUGUCGCUACAUGGACGAUAACUGCCAUAGCAGUUGCUCAAGGUCGGAAAUUCUUUCUCUAGGAAACAGUACCACACCAUCAUUACUUACCUUUACUAAAGAUGUUUCCAGAACGUCAUUGAUGAUAAAGUUGAGGAUAAAUAAAAAGAUUGAGCAACUCUCCUUAAUGUAACUGCUUGAACAGCAGGAUUGUUCGCAUGCUCCCACUCUGGCUGAGGUGUUUGUUCGUAUAGCGUUCAACAUGUUAAUCAGCUUCUCAUGUACAGCCUCCUUUAACAGACAAUUCCAGAGUGCUGUUCUGUUUAACAAAUCAGUGGAGAAACUGGUACCAAAAAACAAAACGGUUGUUGGCCUGUAAUCAACAUAGCUGUGCUUUAACAUUUUGUAGGGAAUGUAUGUAUAACCAAUGAAUCCACGACCAGAAUGAACUCCAGACUACUCCUUGCAAGUUAAUCUUUUAUGGGUCUUGGACGAUCUGUGAAACUGGUGACUCACGGUAGUUCGGAAGUUGAAGUUUCUCGUGGACUUUGGCAUCGUCAGGUAGAACAGUCAUCACCGGCCGUUGAGGAUAAGGCAGUCUGAUGUUUUGAGCGGCAGACUAGGUGAACUGUCUCUUUAGGAACUCUGCCAAUCCUCCAAGAGAUCGUUGGGCGCUGUUAACUAGCGUCUUGUCAGCUUUACAUUUCUUUUUUAGCCCUACCGCCCAAACCGAGGGGGUGUAUGUGAUCACUUCCGCUCAGUCUUCAGGUCUAAAUUUGAAUUUGUUUUGAAAUGUCUCGUGUCAGUGCUUCCUGUAUACUUUUUGCGUUAUCUUCCCGGGUUUCUUGUCACUUUUUUAUUUAGAUCAACUUGACGGUUCGCCAAUACGGGGGUUCUUAAAUGUGUAUUUUUCAAACCACCUAAAAAUAACGGUUUGGGGAUCUUUGCAAAAUAUAUAUUGUUUACAUAAUGGACUUCACAGUACCCCGAACAUACUAUACAGAAUGGUGGAAUAUAAAUACACAUCGCUGCAAUCAUAUCAACAGACCGCCUGUUAACCAGGAAAUGUAUGGCUACGGUCGUUCUUUUGUUGCCGACUGGGCUCGUACUGGUGCUGUUAGCAUAAGUCAUGUCUCCGAUAAAUUCCAGAUUGAAAGUCAAAUGUCUACAAAGCUGGUUGGUAAACUUCAAUAUUUUCAUAACCCUGUUCCUUUAUUACCAACACACUACUCAUAUUCAUUAUCAGGAACUAAUAAAUCUUCGUUUAAUUAUGAUCAACAACUCGAAGGGGAAGAAAGAGGAAAAAAUAAAAAACUGGUCGAUUCAUCUACUGUUCGGGAUUACGGUUAUGAACAGUUGUUGAACGAUUUUAUUCUCGGUGAACAGGCGUGUGCAGCAUUUUUAUGUGGUAAACUCCAAGGAUUAUUACGUGCCAAUAUUUCCAAGUUUAUGCAAAUCAGUCAUAAUGUCAAUGGGAGAAAUGAUGAUGUUAUUGUCGCCGAUGCAAAAUACAAUAUUUCACAUCAUUUUAUUGAACAGUUAUUUAAUAUGUCUGAAAAAGGAUUGAAUGACUGUGAUUCAGUCGAUUCACAGAAUAAAUUAAUUAAAAGAAUACAAAAAUUAAUUGUUUCAGGCACAAAAUCAACAGAUUCUUUUCCUGGAUCUUUAUUAUCGUCACUUAAUGCAAAUUCUACCUCCGGGACUGCUAUUGUUGGUAACAACCAGCCGUCAACAAAACGACGCCGGCUAACAACAAAGCCAUCAAAAGUAACAAAGGCUACCGCUGUCGAGAUUGGUGAAGGUGUUGAUAUUAGUGCAUCUGGAAAAUCAGAACAGUUACUACCUUGUACUAUCGGUAGACUUCUCUACCCAGCUUAUUCAUCAUUGUCCUCAUCCAUAUCGUCAUCAUCGACAACAUUGUGUGGGUCAGAUAAUUUAACACUUGAAUCUGACUAUAGUAGGCUAUUAGCAUCUUUUGAUCCAUUAGUUAUCAGAUUAGCAAGUCGAAUUGUAAAUCCGAAUUAUCUCGGGAAUGGUUUAUUAUGCAAUGUAAGGACACAUAACUAUCAAUCGUCUACAAAUCAUUCCGACAUACUUUUAUGGUAUUCACUUCAAACAAAUUCAUUCUGUAUUGGCAAAACAUCGAAUCUGUUGAAAACUAAUAUUCAUGAAUCAAAUCGUUUCUCAAUUAUUCCCAUUCCAUUGACAAAACUUUCAUCUAGAUCAUUUUGUGAGCUUGAUGCAUGUUUUAGUGAGUCAAGUGAGAAAAUCGAUAUAGUCUGUCGUUUAUUACCAACACCAAGCAGUAAGACAAAUGUUGUUCGUAUGCAAAUUAAGAUAAACGAAUCGAACAUGUCUAAUUCAUGUAUUGAAAACGUUAGUUUAAUACGUAUGCCAUCAAGUAAUUAUGUUACCAGUAUAUGCAUGAGUCGAUGGAUUCCAGGGGAAUGGUGUAUGGUCGGUAAUUAUCUGGACGGAAAAAGAGAUCGUAGAGCUAGUAUUCGGUUGUAUAAUUCAGAAGAUACUCGACUUCCUAUGUGGUCUGGUCACGUAAAUCUAGGCAAUUAUAUGGAAAAUAUAACAAAGGAAAACUCAUUGUGUUUGGAAAAUAUAGCAUCAUCGUCAUAUAAACAAGAUCCGGUUCAAUCAGAUAUUGAAUCUUAUUGUACAUGUACAUCACGGAAACAUCUUCUACACCAGCAUUAUCCCAAUUAUCAUUGGUUACGUGUAGGAUUUGGAAGUUAUCCGGGUGAAUUGUGUCUAACAACCACACGUCGUAUCCUAAUUUUUGACACCCGUACAGCACCAUCAUGUGCUUACCAACUGUUCAACACUUCAGAACGCUCGUCUUUAUUAAAUUCAAAUGAUCAUAUAACAUAUUCCCCACCUAAGUGGAUCGGUGAUGUAUAUGUUUUAACUGGUGGUUACUAUAGUAUGGUUCUACUGGAUAAACGUAUGCCCAAUCGAACUGUAUUACAUUGGUCUCAUAAUCUUGCGAAACCGUUGGCGUAUCUUACUUGGACCGAAAUAGAUAGGCAUUAUCGUUCAACGCAUGAUAUCCCACAAUUUCUUGUUUCUAUGACUUCUCAAUACCCCGCAGAUAUGUCUACAUUUGGAUUGAAUUUCAAUUCUUUCUCAGGUCCCCAGUAUAUUGGCCCGUGUCUAUCCGGGACGCCACUAACAAGUUUGGUUUCAUCAUUUCGAUCUAAUGAUCUCUUUCAAUUCUACAAUCAAAAUCCACUGCUUAAGCGACGUUUACAAAGUUCUAUUUGCGGAAUUACAACACAUUAUUCACCAGAUGAUACAAAAAAACAAUUUCAUACAUUGUUACUCACACCAUAUGGAGAUCUAUUCGAUUAUUGUGCUUAUCUGACAUCAAAUGGUAAUAAUACUAAUGAUUAUGACGUUGUAGAGAGCUAUCAAGUCAAAAGUCAAACAAUUAUUACAAAUUGGUUAUCUGAACUUAGUUGCGAACCUGAGAAUAAACAGCAUGUUAAAAAUUCUGAAGAGAAUGCAAAGUUAGACAAACAGUCGGAGCUCAAAAAUCAUACAGGCACUUUAAACCUAAACAAUAUUGUUUCUGAACGGAGGCAAAGCGUUACAAAUAAAUUGAAUAACGAGUCUGUUGGAGAGGAAAGUACUACUGAUAGUAAUACUAAUAAUAAUGAUUAUUUCACUUUAAAGCGUCGCUUAAAUACAUCAGAAUCAUUUAAUAAUAGUUCAAUGGAAUACUCAAAAUGGUUAUUAAGUGAUUUAAAAUCGAUAUGGGAUUAUGAUCAAGGUGAAAAAUUAAAAUAUGAGGAUCAAAAUGCAUUAGGAUUCACUUCAAUGUUUUUUGAUAGUUUAACCGAAAAUCGUAUGCAAGAGGAAAUGAUUCAUCAAAAACUAAUUACUAACAAUGAUUUAAAUGAAUUAUUAGAUCAACGUUUAGUUAAAUUUAAAAAGUUAUAUAUUGCUAAUCCUUUUACUAAAUCUGUAGGCGAUUGUAAUGAGAGGUGGCCAUGUAUGUUGACGCCAGUAUUGCCUGAAGAAUGUGUAACAUCGUUAUUUGAAUCUGAGUACUAUACUGCCGAAGAACAUUAAAAGUCUACUUAAUGUUUCGUACAUAAUAUAUAUAAAAAUACGAUCUGGAAGCAAUUUAUUAUAUAUAUAUAUAUAUAUAUGUUGUACAUAACAAAGUGAAAAUAAAUGCAGUUUUUUCUCUG